AUGGACUUUAUUACCGAUCUUCCAGCUACAGGGCCUAGCAAUGCAACAUAUAUCUGGGUAAUUGUGGAUCGGCUUACGAAGGCUGUAACGCUGGAAGUGAUGGACACGAUGGAGGCAGAAGCGUGUGCAAAACGUUUCCUACAAUGCCACUAUAGGUUUCAUGGAAUGCCACGGUCUAUCGUAAGCGACCGCGGGAGCAACUGGCUGAGUCGAUUCUGGAAGAGGUUCUGCAAGCUAGCCGGGGUGACGCAGCGGUUAAGUACAGCAUACCACCCACAGACGGACGGGGGCCCGGAAAGAGCAAACCAAGAGAUACAGGCAUACCUGCGGGCGUACGUAUCAUACAUGCAGAAGGACUGGGGGGACUUCCUCCCAGUGGCACAGCUGGCCCUUAACAACCGUGAAUCCGCAGCGACGAAGAUCAGCCCGUUCUUUGUCGAACACGGAUACCAUGUAGAACCAGUGGCUGUCGAGGAUCCAGCAGAUCCGCCCCAGAGCAAGGAGGAAGGCAAGGCAGACGCCCUUCUUAGCCGUCUGCAGGAAGUCUCGGAGUAUAUGCAGGCUAUGAUUGCCGCCUCCCAGCAGCAACAAGAAGAGGCAACAAAUGCAAAGAGGCAGCCAGCCGAACGAUUUGAAGUUGGAGAUAAGGUUUGGCUAUCGAUGGCGAACUACAGGUCACCACGACCAUGCAAGAAGCUAGAUUGGCUGCACCACAAGUACACAGUCACAAAAGUCAUCAGUUCACACGUCGUGGAGUUAGACGUGCCAGGUUCUAUACACCCACGAUUUCACGUCGAUCUGCUUCGCCGAGCUAGACAAGACCCGGCACCCGGGCAGCGAGUUGACGACUCACAACCGCCGCCGAUACAGGAGGAGAACGGCGUGCAAGAAUGGGAAGUGGAAGAGAUCCUCUGCGCUCGUUGGAAGAACCGUGGACGCGGGAAAUUUAGAGAAGUAUUUGUACGCUGGCGUGGAUAUGCAGAUGCAACAUGGGAGCCAGCGGAGGCUCUACGGGAGACAGAAGCGAUGGAAGAGUUUGAAUCGGUUUACGGCCCAGUCAUGAAGUAUGACGGGCCAUUGGAGAAGUAUCAGACGACUACUGGACCCCGGCGCCACGGUCGGGGACGGAAGGGAGGAAGGGGAUAA